AUGUCACGUCUGCCUGACACGAGGUUUGUGGCGAUCACAUCAAACAACCGAACCAAUGGUCGCACAGAGACUGAGAGUUAUGGACAGGGUGCGCGAAUGAAGUAUCAGAUGGAGACGAUACACCUUUCUCAGCUGAAGGCCAGGGCCCUAAUGAAUAUGCACAACCGUAAAGCUGGCAGACGAGUAAGUUUUAAUGCAAUAACGAGCCAAGAAAUAGACCUUAUCGAGUGGUAA